AUGUGUUUGAAAAUGGAUGGAAAUGGAAUGAAUUUUUCUGUCACUAAAAUUGUCCCAAAAGCUGCGAAUGGCCUUCAUAUCCUGGUGGUGGAUAAUGAUACAGUUUCUCUCAUGUAUUUGGCAUCAAUGCUUGAACAAUACUCUUUCAAGGUUACAACGACCGAACUAGCAUCUGUUGCUUUGUCCAUCUUACGGGAACAAAAGGAGCAAUAUAAACUUGUGAUAGCUAACAUGAACUUGCCAGAUAUUGACAACCUUGCUUUCCUGCAUCUAUUGCUUAAGAAAGACAUCCCUGUCAUACUGAUGUCUUCUGAAAGAAAUGGAAACCUGGCCGGGAAAGCCCUGGCUCAAGGAGCAUGCUAUUUCCUACAGAAACCAAUAUGUUUGGAGGAUCUGAAAUUCGUGUGGCAACAUAUGUACCGGAAGAUAAGAAAGCCAAUGAAAGAAGUCUGUGAGGCAAAUAUUGAAAACAAGAUGAAUCAUGGAAAUGACUCUCGAGGUAUUAAGAUAAAAGAAACCGACAACGUGUCUAGGGCUCCCGAGAAAGGUAAUAUGAUCAAGGAGCCAGGUGGAGUGUCUGGUAGGCCUCGCUGUCAAGGUAUAAUAAUCAAAGAAGUUAAUCAUGCAACUAGGCCUCCCAAUUAUGAAGGUGGUAAGGAAGUUGGAGGUGUAUCUGGUUCGGCCACUGUAUGUAAUUUGGAUGGCAUUCAAAAUAGAUAUAUGGUAACUGAUCCAAAUGGUAAGAAGAAGCAAUUCGAAGGGCAUCAAGUUAGCCUAGUUAAUGAAAAUCAUGUCAAAGUUGUGCAGAACAGUUGCACUAAAGGGUCAAUAACCACAGAGCAAAAGAAACAAGAAGGAUUGAAAACAAGGAGACAAAUAGAUGAUGAAGAACAACAGCAACAAGGGAAGAGAACUAAAGUAAACUCUGAACAGAAAAGCUCCCAAAGCCUAAAAACUAAUGAGGAAGAAGGGGAAAGGAAGGAUGAUAGUAGUAGCUCCAAUGAGAAACGAUCACGUGUCGUUUGGAGCCCAGAGUUACAUCUCAAGUUCACAGCGGCUGUUAGUGCACUAGGCGACAAAACAGUUUCUUCUCUGUCAUUUGAUCCAGAAGCCCGGCCAAAACCAAUUCUAGAGCUGAUGAAUUCUCCGAACAUAACGCUACGCCAGGUUGCUAGCCAUCUGCAGAAAUACAAAUCUCAAGUACAGAAAAUUAAUGAGACAAGCACAACCGAUUUUCUUCCUGUAAGUAAAUCAACCAGUUCCUAUAGUAAAGCUGAAUUUCCAUCAUUACUUGAGAGGCCAAGUGCUCUGGCAAGCCCACUUGGACAGCGAAGUUUGAGUUUUGGUGGUCGAGGUAGUACACAAUUCACCGCCCCAAAAUCUUUGGCUCAACCUGGACCAAGUUUAUCCAGUGUUAUCAACAAUCACAGAACAUCAAACCUGAAUUCAGGACAAAUGGACAUCUCUCGCACUUUAAAUUUAUAUCCUACCAAUAAUAACUCCAAUGAGGUGCAUAUAGAAAAUCAUUCAAUGCUUCAAAGGUCAAACCAGAUUAGGAAAACCAGCAGCUUUAACAGUAAUAAUUUCGUGAACGAAAAUAUGAAGGAAAUCCAGCCUUAUCAAAUUCAAGGGAGUGUCAGUCAAGUAUCAGAAACAAACUUACCAAAUUUGAGUUAUGUGAUCCCUGAGGCUGCUUCUCCCUGCAUAUCAGCGGAUAUGUCUCAACUUCUAAAUGUACCUCCUUAUGUGAAUCAUGCUCAAGAAUUUGCUCCAGAUUUGGCUGCUCCCUUUAAUUCACAAAAUCAAAACCAGUUGUCAGCAGGAGCUAUGGGUAGAACUGACGUGCUGCAAUCACAGCCAGCACAGAUGACUUUAGGCAAUGCAACCAACAUAGAAAAAUCUCCAAAUGACUUCUUUGGUGGGAGCCAAAAUGUGGAUCCUACACCAGAACAGGUUGCUGCAAGUGGUUCGAACCAGAAUCAAUCUCUUCUGGAUUACGCUAAUCUCUUGAAAUUUCUUGAAGAUGAUCUGGAGUACAAUUGUCUUGACAGUGCACCAGAUAUUGGUGAUAUAGAUCACUACUGUAAAUGGCUAGAGCAAACUUUACAUGGUAAAAGCAAAGAUCCACAGUAAUUUAACAAGUGCGCAUUCUCAAAAUAUUUUACAUCAGAAGGCAGCUCAUGAUGUGAAUGUAUCAAGCAAGACUGAAAAAGGGCAAAACAUGGAGACCCAUUUUAUAUGAUUCUAUGCAGUUUGAUCCGCUUGAAGUAUAAGUGGAGAGCUUAUAUGCCAAACUUUACUGUACAGAAGUUAAACUCUGCUGUUUUGAUUGUCAUUCUUCAAUAGACUUCUUAUAUUUUCUAAUUGUUGAACUCAUAAGCUAUGUUUAUCAAGCUUUCCUGUAUUGAAAAUUCUGAAUGCCUAUCAAAAUUACAGCUUUAAUUCUGACAUCUGCAGUCAAGAUCUAUCUAUUACCAAGCAUCACUUAUUUGUUCAUGAUACAGAUUAAUCAUUAUAUCCUGUCAUUUUUGUACUCUAUUGGGUGGAGAUUUUGGGUAGGAUGACAGUUCACACAUAUCCUCUGUAAGCGAUGAAAUUUUCCCCUUCAGGGAAAAGGGCAAACUGAGAACUGAGAAUCUUUCAUGCAUGAUUUGUCCUCUUAUCUUCCUCUUUAUAAUGGUAAAGUUUAUUUCAAAUUCAAAAGUUUUGAUAAAAUCUCGCCUUAUAAACCAAAACACAUAAACCACUUCAUAUUAACUUGCUAAGUUGUAAAAUGACAAACCAUUUGUUUCCAUGAUGAGCAAUAAUAAAUGGCUUUAUAAUGAGCUUUAAAUGUUCUAACACGAAAGGGUGCAAAAAGGCUCUAAUAUUAGAAGGCCAAGCAGGUACAGAAUUAACAACAAUAAGUUCGUUAUAGUGUGCUUAACUGCUAACUUAAGAAAUGUGAGAGGAACUACUUCAUGAUCUUAGCCAGUGAACAACAGCUAAUGCUGAACACAAAAAUUUUAUGAUCUAGGGACUUGAAUAAAUGAAUGAAUAUAUUUACAUGAAAAUAAAGAAAACCUACAACCCUGGCCUUUGCUGACAUUCAAUUGCUUUCAUGAUCAAUUAAUAGUUUUCCGUACAGAAAUUUUGACAAUAGAGGUGGCAAUUUCCCUGUUAAAUGAAUGAAUAUGAAUCUGUCGAGAUGUUUGAGAGAAAGAUGCAUCCAAAAACCAUUACAGGUAGAAAGAAAAUUUGAGAAAGGUAUAUACUUAGGCUGAGCCUACAUUUUUAAUAAUCUUUUCUUGGCAAAAUUUAAAACUCUAGAUGGGAAAGUGAUCCUGUCAUACGGGACUUUUACAGAUUCCACUAAAAUCCAACUCAGAAGAUGAAAGAGGCCACCAGUAUCAGCUCUAGUAUUCAAUUAAGAUUUAAAUCUUAAACUCAACAGAAUAAAAAAAUAAAAAAAUAAAAAAAUGAUGGCCACCGGUACCACAUGCAAUGACUCCAACACCACGCCAGUGGAUUACCAUAUAUCAAGAUAUACAGAAUAAGUAAUUGGCUACUUAUAAAAAUUUUAAAUGCCAUAAAAGGAAAACAAGAAAAAAUAAAAUUAUAUAUUAUAUUAAUGCUUCUAACAAUGAAAAUAUUGUAUACAUACAUAACUUCAUGUAUUAAUGCUGAUCAUAGAACCUCUAAACCAGCUGAACUCUCGAGAUUGAAGACAAAUGGAAAUUUUUUUUUU